AUGCUUCGGUCAUAUCUGAAAAACGAAUGUGAAGAUAAAAAGGGACAUCCCUUACCCGAUUUAGAGUCAUGGCACUUGAUUAACACUGAGGACUCGGUCCCUCAACAGGAAAACGGAUCAGAUUGUGGAGUUUUCUUGUGCACAUAUGGCGAAUUCCUUUCCCGUAACGCCCGGUUCACCUUCUCUCAGAAAGAUAUGCCGGGAAUACGUAAACGAAUGAUGUAUGAAAUACUCACUCAACAGCUGCUCACUACAAGUUUCAAAAUGCAUCCCUGA